CUCACUGGAACCCCCCUCUUCCUCGCUAAAAUCGCCCUCGUCCUCGCUGAGAUCCCUCUCGUCCUCGCUGAAAUCAGUAACACGCUCACUCAGUUCGCCAUCACUCACGCGGUGUUGUCCAGCUGAAGACCCAGAUUCGCUUGGGUUAUCGUCGCCAGAGAGUCUGCCUUCUACGUCUUCCGCGCCUUCCACGUCACCACAACUUUCUCGAUUCUCGCCGAUGCUGUCGGCCGUCGCUUCCACUUCUCGCUGAGGUUCCUGGUCCUCCGCGUCGUCCCCAUCUUCAGCUCCAUGGUCGGUGAAAGCAGUAGUAGGCUCGAUUCGGGGCUUCUUAGUGGACACAGACACAGUAGACCCCGCUAAACGUUGCGCGACUUGCAGCCGUAGUCGACGUUGAGACCGCUUGCUCAGCCGUCUCUCAGACAUAGCCAACGCAGGUGUCCUUUCCGGCGUCCUCCCCUAGCUGCGUGCGAGGACUCAUGUACACCAAGUCCCAGAGUGGAACGGAACGGAAAUAUUUUACUUGCGCAUGCGCGCCCACGUGGAAUGAGCUCAAAUCCUGCGGUGUGCAUGGGGAGACAGAUCGAGAAGCGGGCUGAGUUAGAGGCUAGAGCAGCAUCCUUGGAGAGUGUUGCAGUUUGUCUAUGUAGCCCGGAUCCCGGGGUGACCAGCGGGGGCUGCUCGUAGACAUGGCUAGCAGCCGAAGUAAAUCAAGACGGGAAGACAAGCAGAGGAAACAACUUGUAAAAGAUCUGUACUUUCUAAUCCAAUGGACGGAAGAUGCUGAUGAAGAAUUGUUUGAUGCAGUACCAGCUCGGGACAUUACUGUCCCAAGUGGAAAGGAUGUACUAGACCUCAUUGCAGGCGAUGAAUGUCAAGCAUCUUUUGCCAACACUCUGUACCCCGCUAGGGUAGUCGCUGUUGGUAAGUACACUGAGAUAAAGAAGCAGCAGAAACAGAAAGAGAAAGAGGCAGAAGAAAAUGAACUUGGAAGUGAACAGGGUGGAGUAGAUGCCUCAUCGGGUGAAAGAGAUGCUUUGACAGGGAAUAAGAGGGAGUCAGGGAAUGAGAGGGAAGGAGGGAAUGAAAAGAAGUCGGAGCCAGGAAGUGAGAAAGAGAAGGGGAAUAAAGAGUCCGAGAAAAAGGAGUCAGGGAGUGAGAAGGAGAAGGGGAAUGAGGAAAGGCGUGGGAACGAAAAGAAGACUAAGAAUACAACUGAAGCCAGACAGGGGGAAAAGAGGAUUCAAGGAGGGGGCAAUAGUGAUGGGAAGUUCUCUAACGGUAGGAAAAGGAAAGACACUACUCUGAAAGACACGGGAAGGGAUUCACCACAAAAAAACAGUAGUAAGAAAAAGCUGGUAGGAAUGGACGUCUCUGAGGCUAUUGAUAAAGAUUCCAAGAUGAUGGAGACUCCUAGAACUCCUUGACUCCAUCAAAGAAAUCAAGAACCACCGAAGCAAAGAGUCCACGUAAAAGGUUGAAAACCUACUAUGAUGCAAGCUCUGAGGAAUCGGAUAAGGUAUAUACACUGAUGCACAAUCUAGAAUCAUUUACAUUGCUGGUACUAACUGCUAUUAGGAGGAACAACAUCCACCUGCAAAGAAACAAGUGAGUAAAGUCUAGUGGUUAAUACAAACAAUCUGGGAACUUAAUUUUUGCAGAAAGUCUACCAGUCGAUAUCUGGAUCAGAGGU